GAGAUCUUUUUAAUCAAAGAUUCAAGGAGGGCAACGGAAAGAGAGAAGAGACCAGAUUUACAGGAUGAGGAAGACUCUGCUUCUUGUUUUCACCUUCUCAUGGGUUUAUGUUCUGUGUAUAGACCUGUAUCCAGAGUACCACUAUGUGAACAUCCCAAAGACUUGGGCCAAAGCUCAGCAGCACUGCAGAGAGAUGUACGACGGCGACCUGGCUACAGUAAGCAGCUCAGAGGAAAACAAUAGGUUGAUCACCGUCCUGCAGGAAACUGGAAAGUUUGCUUGGAUUGGGCUUUAUGAUAACACCACGAGUUGGAAGUGGACCAUGGGGGAUGCCGACUUUAAUAUAGAAACGAAAGAUGGUUUUCCACCCUGGCAACAUCAGCCAGACAACACACAGGGCAAUGGGAGCUGCAUUGCGAUAAAUCUUCACGGAGGUUGGUGGGAUUUCUCCUGUGAGGUAAAGCACCCUUUUAUCUGCAUUGAUGAAAAAGCUGCUUCUACAUACAUCGUAGUUGAAACAUCUAUGGUUUGGGAAGAUGCUAAGAACUACUGUAGGUCCAAACAUACAGAUCUUCUCAGAGUGUGGAACUUGUCUGAGAACAACAAAAUCCACGCACUGAUCGAAACGCAUCACUGGAUCGGUCUUUACCGAAACCUCUGGGCUAAGUGGUCUGAUGGACGUCUGGCUACCUUUAAAAAUUGGGAAGCUGGCCAGCCUGACGACGUCUCAACUUCCUGUGCUGCGGUCAAAACAGACACAGGAACAUGGUGUGAUGUUGACUGUAAUGAAGAGCACGAGUUUAUUUGUCAGAAACCGAUUACCAACAAGAGGUUAAAGUUGCGGUUCCAGUCUGAGGCCGACCUGACCGACCCUAACAUCCAGCAGCAGAUUUUAGAGCAGGUACUGCAACAUCACUGAGUGUUUGAAGUAACCACAGCAUUUGGACACGCCCCUGACUGCAUCCGUUCUCUACCUAAGCGUAUGUACCCACCCACAGAUAAACAGAGAGAAAUAGAGGAGUUGCAGCAUGACAAUAAUUCAGCCAUGACAUCAGCUGCUGCCAGGCCAUCUCUGGCACACCCUAAAUGAGUUCUCAUGUCCCCCACGGCAAGAUGAAGCACCGCUGAUAAAGCUGAGCUGUGGCCCUCGGCUUGCUGCCUCACUCCGCUACUAAAUCACAAUCCACCUCCUGCACUCCUGUCCAAUCUAGGUGCAAUGGGUGGAUGAAUUGCAACAAAAGAAUGCAAUGAAAUGUCUUGGCUAACACUGCUGGGAUGUGGAGGCAUGCAGGAAAGGAGAUAUGCAGUGGACAACUGUAUGACCACUCAAGGGAAAUACUGAAUUACUUUCUAGAUGCAUUUUUUAGAUCCUGCAUUGUCUCUGGCUGUUAAAGUUUUCUCUUUUAACCAGCUGCACUUAAAGCAUCAUAUCUGUUUCCCCUGUCUUCUAAUAAAAAAACUUUUAAUGGAAUGAACUGUUCCCAUUUGACACUAAAUCAGUCCC